GACAACGUUCGUCAUGGCAGCAUCCUGGCAAACCUGAGCACCUCAAACUGUGGGCACAAGGCAUUUGCCUACGUAAGAGACUUUCUCUCAAAGCGUCAGGCCUUCCUCAAAAUUGAAGAUGACGAAUGCGGUCCAUACACUAUGGGCACACGGGGUACUCCCCAAGGAGCGGUCUUGUCGCCGCUUCUCUUCAACAUUGCCAUGAUGCAGCUUCCACAUCAAUUGGCCCGGGUGGAAGGAAUUCAUCACGCACUCUACGCGGAUGAUAUAACAAUUUGGACUACUGAAGGAAGCCUUGGAGAAAUGGAGGACCGCCUACAGCGGGCCGCCUCCAUCGUCGAUAGCUAUGCAAUCGGCUGUGGUCUCCAAUGCGCACCUGCAAAAUCGGAGCUUUUGCACGUCAGAACAGAUCCGAAAGACAACACGAGAUUGCGUAUCUCUUUGAUGGGAGCUCCUAUCAGAGAGGUCGAAGAGAUCCGGAUCCUGGGCUUGUUCAUCCAUAACAGACUCAGACCGGAAUCCACCAUCACCAAACUUAAACGCAUAGGCGAACAGGUCGGACGUAUGAUCCACCGCGUUUCCAACAAACGCGGCGGGUUGCGGGGCAGGGAUGCGCUUCGGCUUGUCCAUGCCUUUGUAAUCAGCCGGAUCCUCUACUCCGGACCCUACCUUCGCACUACGAAGCAACACGAUCAACGCAUUGACGCCAUCAUUAGGAAGGCUACAAAGCGAGCUUUGGACCUCCCGGCAACUACCUCCAAUGCCAAGUUGUCGGCACUGGGGGUGCUCAACUCCUACCAGGAGUUCAAGGAGGCCCACCUCGUAAACCAAUAUACGCGACUUUCGGAGACUGUAUCUGGGCGCCGCCUGUUAGACCGCUUGCACAUAAAACAUGACUGCAUUCCAGAGGAGACAUGCCGAAUUCCAGAGCUGUGGCGCCACAAGCUCUGGGUUUCUCCACUACCUCGCAACAUGCACUCGCAGACACACGAAGGCAGACGAGGGGCGCGCUCUCGGGCCCUCGAACACCAAUAUGGAUCCAAGCAGGGUGUAUACUAUGUUGAUGUGGCAGGGCCGUCGCCCACCGGAUUCUACACGGCCGCCGUAGUUCACCAGGACCAACGCGUUAAUGGUCUCUCCUAUCGGGCUAUCAACUCGGCGCGGGCAGAGGAGGUAGCAAUAGCGCUUGCCGCCUCGGACACGAACUCGAGGGUGAUCAUCACAGAUUCGCGCAGAGCCUGUGAAAACUACCUGGCGGGCGAGGUCUCACCUUUAGCCUACGAAAUUCUAAAGCGAGCCGCGAGGGAUUCGGACCCCUCACCUAAACGCAUCAUUUGGACUCCGGGCCACCAGGGCCUUCGAGGUAACGAGGCUGCGGACGCGGCCGCCCGCGCGCUUAUCCCCCGGGCACCUCACCCAGGCUUUUCCGGCUCAGAGAUGCAACCGCUUCUGCGAUUCAAAGAAAUUCUGGCUCACUAUUGCGAACGCCAUCGGCUUUUCCCGGUCCCUGCUAAGGGCCUGAGUAAAGCCGAUGAACGAACCUUAAGGCGCCUGCAGACCAACACCUUGUUGUGUCCUGCAAUAGUAAAACAUUUUGACCCGAAAGUUGAUGGGCGGUGCCCUCACUGUGGGGAAGUCUCCGAUAACUUUCACAUGGUUUGGGCAUGUCAGUUGAAUCCUUCCAUUCCCCCUAACCCUUCCCCUACUAGAGAGGCAUGGGAGGCAGCCCUACUCAAUUGCUCAGGCCUGGAGUCUCAACGGGCUCUAGUCCAACGGGCGCGGGUAGCGGCGUUGUCCAGCGGAGUCCCGGAAUAAGGACUCCCCCUAUGUAAAGGGUCCUUUUGGGCCUGCAAACUCUCAUUUUAUUGAAUAAAA